AGGAUGUCGGCGCUCAGCGCGUUGCCUUUCCUGAAGCCCGUUCACCUGAGGUCCCCCCGAAGCUCGCUCGGGGGCCAGCGCCGCCACACACUGCCCGCCAGUGAGUUUCGCUGCCUCAGCCCCGAGGAUGCCAUCAGCGUGUUUGAGAUCGAGCGGGAAGCCUUUAUAUCUGUCUCCGGGGACUGUCCCCUCCACCUGGAUGAGAUCCGUCACUUUCUGAACCUGUGCCCGGAGCUCUCCCUUGGCUGGUUUGAGGAAGGGCGGCUCGUGGCAUUCAUCAUCGGCUCCCUCUGGGACCAGGAGAGGCUCAGCCAGGAGGCGUUGACCCUGCACAAGCCGCGGGGCACGGCGGUGCACAUCCACGUGCUGGCCGUGCAUCGCACCUUUCGGCAGCAAGGCAAGGGCUCCAUCCUUAUGUGGCGGUACCUGCAGUACCUGCGGUGCCUGCCCUUCGCCCGGCGUGCCCUGCUCAUGUGCGAAGAUUUCCUCGUGCCCUUCUACCAGAAGUGCGGGUUCGAGGCGCUGGGUCCCUGCGAGGUGACGGUGGGGGAGCUGGCCUUCAUCGAGAUGCAGCAUCCUGUGCGGGGACAUGCCUUCAUGCGCAGGAACAGCGGCUGCUGAGCCCCCUCAAGUCCAGCCCUGCCGGGGGGGGGGCU